AUGUUGGCAAUGCCCACACUCAUGAUGCCAGCCACAGCACAAAUGACGCUUAGCAGUCAACCACUAUCAGUUGGUGCUCCACAUGCUAAACCAUACGAAACAAAAUUGCUGGCCAUACAUCAGACUCACAUAACACAGCAACAGCAGUCGCAUCAGCAGGCCAACAAUAACAAGCAGCAACAGCAGCAACAACAGCAGCAGCAACAGCAAAUGUCAGCUAAUAGUCAGCAGCAGCAACAAGCCCAACAACAACAGCAGCAACAACAACAAGUCGCUGCUGCCCAGCAGCAGGCUGUUCAACAACAACAGCAACAAGCCCAGCAACAGCAUCAACAACAACAGGCGGCUGCUGCCGCUGCUGCUGCAGCUUGUAUUGCCCAACAGCAGGCUGUAGCUGUGGCUGCUGCUGCAGCCCAACAGCAACAACAAUAUCAAAUACAUUCUCAACAACAAUCACCACAACAGGCAUUAAGUGCUUCACCCAAACAAGUGAGUUUGUAUAAAGAUUGCAAAUACAUUUAUUGUAUAACACAGCAGCAUGGCAACUUACAUGUUUUGUUGCAAUAUGCCUGA